AUGUUUGAUAAACUGAUGAAGUCUAAGCACCAGGUGCGUGCGGGGUUUGGCAAUUCAGACCGUGUCUUUACUCCCCCAACCCUGAUCCCAUUCCAAGGGUGUGGACAAGGCAAUGGGGCAGGACCUCCUAUCUGGGUUGCAAUUAGCUCCAUUCUCUCGGGGAUGAUUAUUUGCAAAGGCUUUGGCUUUGACUUUCUGAUGUCAAUAUCUUGGGCUCCGCUCUUGGCCGAUUGCUUUUGUUUUGUCGAUGACACUGAUGUCUGCCAAGCAGCAUUGUCUCCUGACCAGUCUAGGGAAUCUGUUGUCCCAGAGGUGGCCAAAGCACUGACAUGGUGGUCCAACGGCGUCCGCCUUACUGGUGGCGCCAUCCGACCAGAUAAAUCCUUUUGGUAUCUGAUUGGCUUCAAGUGGAAUGCCCAACAAGGUGUAUGGAAAUUCCGACGGAAGGGGGAUUUCAAACCACCCCUUCUUCCAGCAGGCAUGUCGGAAAUUGCGGUUGAACUGGAUGAUUUUGAUGGCACCCCAGUGCAUCUACAGUGGUUGGAACCGCACAAAUUGGCUAAGACUUUGGGUAUCCUGAUGUCCCUCUGUUUAUACAGGAAAGUGCAACUUGUGGUGAUGAAGGGGAAAGCAAAAGCAUGGGCGGAUCAGAUCCAACCUAGCUUCCCCCACCAAUACAAUGUCCUCCCUCUCUUUUGCACCACAAUCCAGAAGACUUUGGAGUACCCCAUGGCGCUCACCUCCUUCUCUCAGCAGAAGUGGGACCAGAUACAAUCUCCAGUGCUCAGGGCGGCACUUCCAAAGGCUGGUAUCUGCCGCAACUUUCCUCGUGCUAUGGUCUAUGCCCCAAUUGCACUCCAAGGAGUUGGUGUCCCUCAUCCAUACGGUCUCCAGGUCAUCAAGCACGUGGACAUGCUACUUUGCCACCCGGCCAAUAAGACCAAGAUGGGCGCCUUCUUGGAGGCAGUCCUCCAGGCACAUCAGCUUGAGACCGGUACCUUUUACGGCCUCUUCCAACAAGUCUAUGCCACCACCUCCAUCCUGGCGUCUGACAUGUGGGCAAAGCGGACCUGGAGUGAACUCAACUCUCUCUCAAUCCACCUCGAGUUUGAUCCCCCCUCUCUUCAGUCACUACACCAAGGAGACCAACUGUUAGUUGACUUGUUCAUCAAUUCUUUGGUGGACCAACUUACUUUGAAAUGGCUCAACUGGUGUCGGAUCUUCCUGCAUGCAGUCACUGUUUCUGAUAUUGUGAAUGCUGAAGGAACAGCAAUUACUUUGCAGGCAUGGAAGGAAAUAAGAGUGGACAGCUGUUCUGAAAUAAGAGUGGACAGCUUUCUCCGUUGUCCUGGAAGUGGCAAUACUCCCCCGCUACCAAUACCCUGUUCCACCGUGAGGGUCAACUAUGGAUCCCAUCCGUCCCUCUCGCCUCCACCAGCCGUUACCCCACCUUCUACAUGCCUUGCCGAAUCAACCCUGACCUCCCACCUUUACCAUCUGGCUAAAUCAGAUUCUCACGGCUGGGUUCCAGAGGUCAUUACCAUUGAAGGUAGUGAGGACCGCCUGGUUCAGGCCCGUCUUGUCGAUACCCUUCGUGCUCUGAGUGACGGCUCUUACAAAGCUAAAGUGGGCAUAGCAUGCGCUCAAAUUCUCACUGAGGACCGCAGUUCAUCUGGAUCACCUGCUAACCCCUGGGAAAUUGGAGGAUCAGAGUUCAACGCGCAGCAAAUUGAUUGGCCUUAUGGCUUCUCUCCUGGUGUUGAACUGGAUGUCUCAGGUCGCCCACCCGAAACUCUUUGCCCGCCAACCGUCGGUUGA